AUGACAGACGACCCAGACGCGGGCAAGAGCCAUCAGAGUGAUAUCGCACCAGAUACCACAGCUGAUGAGCAGAACCAGACACCCGAUGGCUCCGAGGCCAAGCCGACGACAAAAAAGUCCUUUGGCUUCUAUGCCAUCAUCGUGGCCCUCGCCCUGACCAGUCUCCUGACCUCGCUGGAGGCGACCAUCACGUCCACGGCGCUGCCUACCAUCACGGCCGAUCUUGGAGGUGCCAGUCUCUACGUCUGGGUUGUCAAUGGCUACUAUCUGACCCAAACGGCCUUUCAGCCCUUCUUUGGACAGAUGGCCGACAUCUACGGCCGCCGAUGGCCCAUGAUCACGAGCGCAGCCAUAUUCACCAUCGGCAGCGGCGUCGCGGGAGGGUCCAAAAACAUCGAAACGCUCAUCGCGGGCCGCCUCCUCCAAGGGAUCGGUAGUGGCGGGAUCCUCGUCCUCACCGAGAUCAUCAUCUGCGACCUUCUCCCUCUGCGCGAGCGAGGCAAAUACCUGGGCAUGAUUGUCAGUCUCGUGGGACUCGGCGCCGCCUUGGGACCACUCUUCGGGGGGCUCAUCGUGCAGUACUCUUCAUGGCCGUGGGUCUUUUACCUCAACGUCCCCAUCGGCGGAGUGGCGUGCAUCGUGCUCUUUACCUUCCUCCGCGUCAAGUCCGAUAAGACACCUGACUACCUGCAGCGCCUGCGUCGCUUCGACUGGAUCGGCAACACGCUCUUUGUCCUGUCCAUGGUCUCAAUCCUCAUCUCCCUGUCGUGGGCCGGGACGCUAUACGCGUGGUCCUCUUACCACGUCAUCGUCCCCCUGGUGCUGGGGUUCGCGGGCUCCGCGGCCUUUGUGCUCUACGAGGCCUCGAGCUUCUGCGUCAACCCGACCAUGCCGCUGCACAUCUUUGCCAACUGCACGUCGGGAACCGCGUUCGCUGUCACCUUUCUGCACACGCUCUCCAGCGUGUCGGUCAUGUACUUCUUACCUGUAUUUCCAGGCGGCGGAACCUUGCUCUCCAAAUUCGGCCGCUACCGUCCCCUACAGCCCGCGGGCCUCGCGCUGAUGAUCAUCGGGUUCGGUCUCCUGACCCUCCUCGACGUCGACUCCAACACGGGAGAGUGGGUGGGCUACCAACUUCUCGGUGCGUUGGGCACGGGUCUUGCGCUGCCGGUUCUUCUCCCCGCGGUCCAGGCCCCACUUACCGAGGAGGAUACGGCGCGGUGCACCGCGACGUGGUCCUUCAUGCGCACUUUUGGCUUUAUCUGGGGCGCAGCCAUUGCCACGGCCGUCUUCAACAAUCGGUUCGACAUUCUGGUGCCGCGCAUCGCCGACACCGCCCUCGGUAGCCAGCUCACUAAUGGGCGGGCGUACGAGUAUGCCACUAAGAUCUUUAUCGACUCCAUCGCGGAUCCCGUCACGGUCGCGGAGGUCCGGUCCGUUUACGUGGAUUCGCUUAAUGUGGUUUGGUAUGUGAGCCUGGCUUUCGCGGGACUGGGAUUCCUGCUGGUGCUUUUAGAGAAGGAAGUUCCCCUAAGAAAAGAGGUCGGCACAAAGUUCUCCAUGGAGAAGAAGGAAAAGAAGACCAAGACAGAGGCAGGAUUAGACACGGAAUAG